AUGAGCUCCUCGAAAACCCUGACACCUCCGCUCGACGAGGGCUCGCCUCAACUCAAGCUGUACAGAAUGGAACGACCGACAGGGCAGCUGUUCGAGCUCAAGGAGCUUCAGAAACAGCAACUCGCAGACCUCGACGAGGUCGACGAGUUCCCUCCACCUCCUGGCCCCCCUCCCGGCGCUCCUCCCCCUCCUCUACCCAUCCCCCAGGGCGACGAGCGCGGGCUUCGAGAAUUCAACUACAACGGACGAGACAUCAAACCCCGCAACAGCGAGCGCAGCUCGGGCGCCAUGGGCCGGCGUCGUCUCAGUUCAUAUUCCCAGUUUUCCGACUACUCGUCCCAUGCCUCUCUGUACGAAGCUCCUGAUUAUGACCGCGGUAUCGGGAACGGCGAGGGUCGUGGCGGUGGUGGUGGUGGGAGCGGAGGGGUGCCGCAGGUCGAACACAUUGAGCGGCCGCCGAGACGGCAUCCGGGAAUGGAGGCGACGCUGGGCCAUUUGCGGACAAGGUCGGACAACACCCGCGGCGGCGGCGUAGUUUCCCAGCCGCCCCCCACGUAUGCGCCGCCUCGGGAGCGGGAGCUGUUCAACCGCGUGAGGUUCGCGGAGCAGCAGGAACGAGCCCGUCGCGAGGAGUCAAGGGGUCCCGGAGCGCGAAGGAUCGAUAUGGUCGAUGUCGUGGGCGGUCCCAGUGUCGGCAAGCUCUGGGUGUACGCGUGCUGUGCCUUCUUCUGGUAUCGUUGUUUGUGGGACGAGGACUUCUGA